CAAAAAUAGACAAUUCUUACUGAUUAUCCGUUAAAGAAAUGAAGAUAAUACUUUACACCUUGAUAUGUUUUAUUUGUGGCUUUACCUUGUUUCUAUGCUUAAUAUUUCACCAAUGGUUAUCAUUUUCUGUUGUCAAUAGCCCAAUGUUCCGCCCUAGAAUUGAUUCGGAACUUGCAUUAUUCAUUACAAAUGAAUUAUCUCGACUAUUAAAUCCAGACAUUCCAACAGUGGAAGAUGUCGGUGAUACUGUAGAGAGAGCUUGGUUUAAGCAUGAAAAAGAAUUUUGCCUAAAAGUUUUGAAUGGUACUCAUCAGUUGUUCAACAGUGAGGGAUGUCGAAAUAGUUGUCUUAUUUCAAAUCAACCAUAUACUCGACGUAAUGUCAUUAUUAUACCAUAUCGAAAUCGUGCAGAACACUUGAUGAAAUUAAUUCCACGUCUGGUUGAAUUACUGACAAAACAGAAUCUAUGUUAUUUGUUAAUUGUUUCUGAACAGAUUGAUCAACAGCCAUUUAAUAAGGGAAUAGUCAUGAAUACUGCAUUUGUGGAAGCAUUGAAUUGGUUGCCGUUUCAUUGUGCAAUAUUUCAUGAUGUUGAUCUAAUACCAAUGAACAAUGAAGUUGAUUAUACAUGCUCAAUCUAUCCUAAACAUAUCAGUGUAAGCGUAGAUAAAUUUCAAAACAGGCUCCCUUACAUUGAACUAAUUGGUGGUGUUUUAUCCAUUCCACUUAAAGCCUUUCUUCGUGUCAAUGGGUAUUCUAAUUUAUUUUGGGGUUGGGGUGCAGAGGACGAUGAUGUGUAUGAGAGGCUUAUGAUAAAUGAAAUUCCUGUCAUACGUCCUGAUCCAAAUGUAGCACAAUUCACAAUGCUCAAACAUAAACCAAGUCUUGCAUUUCAUUCAGCCUUAAGACUAUCCAUCUAUAAAGGCUGCCCUGCGAUUGUUUGGAAACUAUCUGGAAAGUCAUCACGGUUAUUUUAAACUCGUCUCUACACAAUAUUGUCACCGAUUUUAGACUCGUUAUAAAUUUGGCGCAUGAGAGUGGGAAUUUACAUUGUAGAAUAAAAUAAUUCAAGAUUUUAAUGGUAUACUUCGUAAUAUAUUGUAUGCAUAUGUCAAAAAUUAUUCUCAUUUUGGUAAAUUACUACAAAUCAUUUUCAUGUAAUACUUUCUAUUUCAUCUCAGAACUCAAAUAUUAUCCUUCACAAAAGUCAGAUAUCGUCUUGAUGGAAUCAAUAGUUUAAAUUACACGCUUGUUAAAUCACAAAUAAAAUUAUAUAAUCAAUUCCACAGUUUAACAUAUAACGAUGAAGUAACUAAAACACAUUUUUCACAUGAAAACAACACUUUCAGAUCAAAUUCAAAAUUAAAUUAUCCAAUUUUGCAUUUAAAAAUCGAUGUUGGUAAGCCUCCAGUUGAGUUUAUUAAGGAAGAUAAUUCUACAUAAGAAAACCAAGUCGGUACGUAGAGAAAAAAAUUAUUUUUGCAACUUGAAUUUUCGUUUGGUUACAAACACAAUUAUACAAUCGAGUAAUUAAAUGCAAAUAAUGAACAACAGUGAGACACUGACAAAUUACAGAUUAUGGAUGAAAACCGCACGAACUACAGGAUCAGUCAUUUCUAUACUGAUCGUAAGUACAUAUGUGUCGAUCCUUUGUCAAUCAAUAGGAUUACAAUGAGCCGAUAACCGACGAGGCGAGCCAAUCGUGAUUUAGCCAUUUUGACAACAUAAUGAAGAGUCAACUACUUUUCGGGAGAACGAUUGUAAAAAGCCUCCAAACUCAUUGGAUUUAAUCUGCGAUGGUGAAAUAUUACUCAUUAUUACUGAUUAUGAUGAUGAUACCUAAGACGUUUAUGGCGAUGAUGACUAGCCUCAUGGAACGAAUCACGGGAUUAUUAAAAAUAAACAUUACUGGUUAAUAUGCAUAAUUCAUAGAAUUUGUUCCUUAGUCAAAAUUAAAGCAAGAAUAGCUACAUUUAUUGUCGUUCUCGCUUUCAUUAAAAAAUAUCUACACAUUAAAAUAAGAAAAAACCAAGAAAUACAAGUGCACAAUAUUUAGUGUAAUGAAGCAUAAGUGUAUUUCAUGCACGAUUUCAUGUUAGGUAUCCUUUUCUUUUUGGCUCAAGAUUUUAUGCAACGUAACGAACAUGAAUAUCAAAGUAUUCACUACAUAAUAAAUUGUGGAGUCUUAUCAACAUUGAAGUAAUUAUCAAUUUCCAGGACAUUUGGUUGCUUUUCAUUUAGUUUAAUUUGUUCUUAAAUUUCGAUUAGUGGAAUCAAGUUACAUGAAACUGUGAAAUGAGGUCCUAUUUUG